AUGUCGGACGAGGAGCAUCACUUCGAGUCCAAGGCUGACGCCGGCGCAUCCAAGACUUAUCCUCAGCAGGCCGGGACCAUUCGUAAGAACGGUUACAUUGUUAUCAAAGGCCGUCCAUGCAAGGUUGUGGAAGUUUCAACUUCCAAAACUGGAAAGCAUGGACAUGCUAAGUGUCACUUUGUGGCGAUUGACAUCUUCACGGCCAAGAAGCUUGAAGAUAUUGUUCCCUCUUCCCAUAACUGUGAUGUUCCACAUGUGAAUCGCACUGACUAUCAGCUCAUUGACAUCUCUGAGGAUGGAUUCGUGAGCUUGCUGACUGAGAAUGGUAACACUAAGGAUGACCUCAGGCUUCCAACUGAUGAGAAUCUCCUGGCCCAGGUGAACCAUAUACUUCGACCUGUACUUUAUUUUGGAGACCUCAGUGAUUUUAUGAACUUCUUUUUAGAGACUUCAAGAUCUUGUUUAAAAUGGUAGUUGAAGGGUUUGGAUAAAAUUAAGAAGUUGUGGCCGUAGUAAUUGCGUGAUGCGGGGAUGUUACAAAUUGUCCAAAUUUUGGGUUGUUAAUAGAAGAUUUCUUUUUGAAACAACAACAACAACAUACCCA